AUGUAUAAGCACUACAUUGACCCGGAGUACCAUCGAACUGGAACGAUGAGACCCGAAUCGGAUCUUUACGCUUUCGGGAUAACCAUUCUUCAGCUGUUGACGGCUCGUGAUGCGAGUGGGCUUGUACACGCAGUCAAAAAUGCAAUAACGAAAGGAACGUUAACCGAAAUUCUAGACAAAUCAGUUAUUGACUGGCCUUUGGAGGAAACUGAGGAAUUAGCAAUGACCGGUUUAAAAUGUGCAGAAUUUUGGUGGCGAGAUAGACCGGAUCUUAAAGAAGAAGUUAUACCGGUUUUGAAACGGCUUGUAGAAACUGCAAAUUCAAAGAUAAAGAAAGAACAAAGCAAUUUGUGUGCACCAAGUCAUUAUUUCUGUCCCCUUUUACGAGUAAGUAAAUGUUUUACCUUGUUCGAUACAUGA